AUGGGUAAGCAGCUUGGCGAUUUUGGCCAGUUCUGGGGAAUGGUUUGGGAACAGGAGGUGGAGAAGAUUGUCAUGGUGACCAAUUUGGUUGAGGGUGAGAAUUCCGAAGAAAGAAGUCUGCAUCAUCUUCAGUUUACAAGCUGGCCAGCCAAAGACGUCCCUGAUAACGAAACAUCAUUGAUAGAUUUAAGACAGAGGGUGAACGCCCUGCCGAAUACAUUUGACGGACCAGUGAUUGUGCAUUGCAGUGCUGGCGUUGGCAGAACGGGAACCUAUAUUGCUCUGGACAUUCUGACUAACCAGGGUGAGACAGAAGGAGCUAUAAAUAUCCCUGGAUGUGUUCUCAACAUGAGACGGAACAGGCCCAGCAUGAUUCAGACCUUGAGUCAAUACAAGUUUUUACAUGAAGCUUUGGUCCAUUCAUUGACUCUUGAUUGCUCGUCGAUAAGCAGAGAACACUUUCCUAAAUAUAUGUCCGGUAAACAGAAGGUACACCAGCAGUAUGAGACAAUGCAGUUCACCCAUAAGCACAAGUCGGAUAAGGAAUUACAAGCAACGGAAAGAAAUAGAUUUUUGACAAACAAGAACAGGAAGCACGCGGAUAUACCGGGUGAUUCCUACAGACCGCGUCUUUAUCUGUUUUUGAAACCAGGCGAACCUGAUUACAUCAAUGCAAUAUACAUAAACAGUUUCAAAACGAAAAACCGGUUCUUGGUUGCACAAACACCUCUGCCUGACACUGUUUCCGAUUUCCUUACACUUGCUGUUCAAGAAAACUGUUCCUGUAUCGUUAGUAUGGAGGCAAACUUGGAAAAGCAUGAGAUGUGA